AUGUCGUUCUGCAGAAUAACGGGCCGCAGCCGCGGCCUGCCCAAGCCCAACUAUUUCCCGCUUCUCGCUCCCAUCUCGCCUGCAGACGCUAAGCGUUGCUGCAGGAUCACCGGGAAGUCCUACGGGCUGCCAACACAUCACUACAUUCCAGUGCUUUUAGUGUCCAGCUCGUCGAAAACGAAAUGCAAAAUAACCAACGUAGCUGGCGAACUGGGCCCGCAUCAUUAUGCACCAGAAAUCAACUAUGGCAAUAGAAAGCACGAACUCUUACCGGACUAUAGAUACAUAUUCCCGGUUUUGGAUGGAUCUACCGAAGCCCAGAAAGCGUUGAUGGAUAUGUUAAUGACUAAACAAGUUACAGAAGAAAGGCGAUAUGUUUACACGGUUCAAGAGAGGCGCUGUGGUUUGGUGUUUUCUGCUAGAAUGGAAGCGGCAGUGCGAGAUGGAGAUGUUAGGGACGUCAUGCUCGCAAAGGACACAGAUACUGUUCUUAUAAAAACAAAGCAGGGUCGAAGUGUUUCAAUGGAUUUUAAAGACUUUACGGAGGACGUUGAAAUGUAUGAAGGUGAGGGACCAAACGCUGAGGUUUUAAGGCAGAGGGAACAAGAAGAGUUAGAAGAAAAAAAGAAGAAGAGGAAGAGAGCAGCAGGUCUAUCUUCGAUGAAAAAAAUAUUUGAAACUAAAGAGAAACUCGCAGAGGUGCAAGAACUGGAAGAAGAGAAGCAGCGUCAAGAACGCUUGGCUAAGAAGGCGAAAUUAGAAGAAAUAAGACAUGAAAGACAUGACACAAAAAUAUUUUCUUGUGAUAAUUUUAAUAUUAAUCAUAUGCGUUCAAAAGAAAGUAUUGUUAUGUGCAAUGGUGACUGGAAGGAUCAAGUACACCCUUUGAUGGAGACCUGGGACUGGGAAGUGUUUGAAAAAGAAGAAAUAAAUGAUGAACAGUUCAUACCUAAAACUACGGUAUUACCCGUUCCUGUUAAAAUAACACCUCAUCAUUGCGACGCAGAAAUUUACCAAGUUGACAGAAAUAUUAAUGAAGUGACAAUUUCAAUGGAAAAUGUUCCAUGUGUUAAUCCUUUAAAGACAGUUACUGCUCGGCCUUCGGAAGCUAUAUUACAAGCUGUUAAAGACAUUUCCCCGGAGCGCUUAGUUGAAACAUCGGAUGUUAUAGAAAAACUAUUUGAAGAUAAUAAAGUUAAUUUGUUGCCCACAUUAGAUAUUUUGCCGGACGUCGUAAAGAAUAUAAAGAAAGGAAAAAGGGAAAAAAUUGCUAAGAUAUCAGGGUUAACUUUGGAUAUCAAUAAAGCUAAAACCUUUAUUCCCGGUCAACAUAUAAGUACACCCCAAGGAACUGUUUUUAUACCAGGUCAGACCGUAGACACUCCAGUUGGACCAAUUUUCGUCCCAGGUUUAAGCGUGAAUACACCCGCCGGACCUGGCCUCAUUCCCGGUCAUAUUUUAAAUACAGAAAAUAAACAAGAACCCAUUUUUCUUGCUGGACAAGUUUUAAAAACUACAAAUGGCGAAGAAUUCGUAACUGGCCAAACAAUAAAAAAUAAGGAAACGUACCGUUUUGUUGAAGGACAAACGGUGUUGUCAGAAGAAGGCUUUAAGUUUGUGCCGGGUAAAACAAUCAAUAAUGGAUCUGAAGAAAUAUUUGUCCCAGGACAAACAAUUAUGACACCAGAAGGAGUACAGUUUAUUCCCGGACAAACUAUUACAGAUAAUGGUGAAAUUAUUUUCACUCCAGGACAAAAUGCUAAAAUAAAUAAUGAGUGGCAAUUUGUUCCAGGCCAGGUUGUACAUCAGGAUGAUGAAUUGCAUUUUGUCCCUGGAGCAACUUUAGCAACUCCAAAUGGCUUAAAAUUUGUACCUGGUCAGACUGUUGUCAGUAAUGGUGAACCGUGUUUUGUGCCGGGUAUAACUAAAAGUACUAAAAGUGGCUUACAAUUUGUUCCGGGAACUACCGUGGAAACUGUUGACGGACCGAAAUUCAUUGAAGGACAAAUCGUACACACAAAUUGCGUUGAGAAAUUUUUACCAGGAAAAACAAUUGUUCAAGCUGAUGGUCAUGUAGAGUUUUCAGUUGCAAAAUCCAUUGAAGAUAUUAAUUUCACAGAAGGAUCUCCUAUGGGGCUACCAAUAGACAUUAAAACUUGUUCUCUUUCGGAAGAAUCUUUAUAUGUUUUUGGUCAUAUGGUACAAACUGCCAAGAGUGUUGAAUUCAUCCCCGGACCCAGAAUGCCUAAAAUAGAAGGUAAAGUGGUGCCAGGGAGAUUGGUUAAGAAUGAAAUAAAUGAGUCGCGUUUUGUACCCGGGAUGAUGGUCGAAGGGAUAUUUGUACCAGGACAAAUAGUUUACACUGAGAAUGGCGAGCAGUUUGUUCCAGGACAAGUAGUUGACACUGCUGAGGGUCCAAAAUUUGUACCUGGGCAAGUAGUAAAUACAAAAAGUGGACCGAAGUUCGUUCCUGGUCAAACGAUUCACACAAUCGAUGGUCCGCGCUUUGUUCCUGGCCAAAUUAUUGAAACAAAAGCUGGUCCAACCUUUAUACCAGGUCAAGUUAUUUGGACUGAAGAUGAAGGGUCAAGAUUUGUACCUGGGCAAGUCGUCGAUACAGAAGAAGGUCCAAGAUUUGUCCCAGGCAGAGUCAUUGAAACAGACGAUAACGGCGUUACUUUUGUACCAGGACAAAUAGUUCAAACACCAGAGGGACUAAAGUUUGUCGCCCCUGAUCUUACUGAAGGCGAUGAAGGCCUAGAGUUCUCUGUGCAAAGUUUUGUGGUUACUCCUGAAGAACUUAAACUUUUAAAGGUAAAAACAAAUCCAAAUGAUACUACCUCUACUAAAGGUGAGCUUACGAUUGACACGAAUAUGUUGCGGCAAUUAUCAGAAGCUGGCAUGUCUAUUGGUAGACAAGUACCCGCUGAUCUACCUGCAAUAAAUGUUAUUUUAAAUCAUACUCGGAACACUGAAGCAUUGAAAGCGUUCAUAACAGAUUUUGGAUUAAAAGACGAUAUAGCAAAUCAAUUGAUGGAAGUUAUUACAUCAAUAAUAGAAAUGAGUGUUCACCUUAAGGCUGAAAUUCAUGAAAAUCAUAAAAAUGAAUAUGAAUACAAGAAGUCAAGAUUCGCUAAAAAACGAAUGGAAAAUUUGGGAUGCAAUAAUUAUGAUAAAGAACAAGACGCCCAUCAAGAAAACGUUAAAAAUUCUAUUGCUGCAGCUGUCUUGGCAGCGUUAGUUACUGCUGAACAAUUCGAAGAAGUGAACAACAACAACGGUAGGGAAAAAUAUCAGCUCAUAUUAAAAUCAAUCGAUACUAUAUUGGGUAAUGCUAUUGACGAACAUUUCGUAGCAACAAUGUUCAAAAUUCUUCAAACCGAAGAAAGUAAAGAAACACUUCGAGAGGAAAUUUUAGAAAAUUCCUCAAAACCAAAGAUAGAAUUAAUUAAGAUCGCUUUAAAUAAUACAUUAUAUAAACAUUCCUUGAAAGAAGAAGAUAUAAUAGAGAAGUUCAGCGACUUCUUAAGCAGUGAAAAUGAAGUUUUGGGUCCUGCAUUCAAAAACAUCUCUAAGAAUGAUGCAACGAUUUUGAAUCACGUUUUAAAACAUAUAUCCGAAUCCAUAUCAUUCAUCAAAACCGAUAACGAAGCGGCAGAAACACUGCAAAAAGUGAUUGUGUCUGCCGUUCAAGAGACUAGUAUGAAGGCUUUGGACGAUAUUAUUCAAGAUGCUGAUGUCAAAGACGUAAAAGAACUUAUUGCACAGUCGAUCGGUCUUGCUCGAAUACUUGGUAUGAGCGAAAUAGCCAAGAAACUACUAUCUGCUCAAUUUACAGUACCAACAAGCUUAGCUGAUCUUUCGAACGAUCCUGAGACUCUGAACGUAUUAAAAAGAGUAACGGUUAUGAGAAAAUUAGCCGACAAAACUCCUGGUUUGUAUUCGGCACUUCAAAAAUUGGAAAAUAGCCCUGAAUUGGCUCGCACCGAUCCUAAACUACGGGAUCUAGUGCGAGAAAGUGCGGCAUUAAUGAUUAUUCCAGAAGAUUCGCCAUUAAUGACCUCGGAGGACGUUCCAUUAAGUUUACUUCAACCGGAAAAUUGUCUAGCUAUGGAAGAUUUUCUAUUCCAACACAAGAAACAUCGCGGCGCCUUACUGAUUAUGAAAAAAGGAUUACAAGCAGUGGUUCCACGCGAGGCUAGCCGUGCUGUGUUAACUGGCCAAAUUGCAUACACUGUCCUAGAUGAGAGUGGCAUAAAACAUUUUGAGCCACUUCAUGUUUUUUCGGCUCUAAAUCUGAGUCAACCUACGGCACAUCGAUUCAGCAUGUACAGUUGUCCGGUCGUAGAUGACCACGACGAAGACCUGCAAACCUUUACGGGCUACUGCAAUAUUAGCAACACCCAAAGAAUAACUAAAUUUGGCGGAUGGAGUAGACGUUACAGCGGCGUAUUGCUCGAUAGGGAGAACACUAGAAGCAGAAUGAGUAGUUUAGAUAACUCACCCAGUUACAAACGUUACUCUUCAAGUUCCUUCUCUAGGUCUAGGUCAACGUGUAGCCGAAGUCCCCCUAAGGUAGAGGACGUAGUAGUGGCGCCGUCUGAUUACACAGCGGCGGCUGACGAUGAAGUGUCCCUCAAAACUGGGGACAUUGUGGAAGUUCUCGACACCAAGACCGCUCUCGGGGCAAAGAAGCCGCGGAUGGACGCGAACCUGGACGUCACGGCGCAACUCCUGGACGCAUCCGCCGCCAAGCACAAGCUAGCCGUCCGACCGAAGAAGAACCACCCGAGGAGCAAAGCGAAGACGAGCAGAGCUGACAACGGAGAAAGGUGGCUGGUGCGCGUGGUGGAGGACGUGGAGGAUGGGCAGCUGCGCACGCGCCAAGGUUGGGUGCCGGCACAGCUUCUCAAGGAGAAGAAGCCAGAACGAGAUCAGACCGCGCUGGCAGCAAGAAGACAGGCAGUAGUCCGAGAGCUUAUCGAGACUGAAGAGGAGUUUGGCCGAGACAUGCAGCAGGUGGUGGCCCGCUACAUGCGGCCCCUGGACAAGGCCACCACGCCCAAGCCGGUCUUCGACAACCGGGACCUCCUCUUCUCCAACUUCCGCCAGAUCUGCGAGUUCCACAACACGGGUCUGUUGGAGGGUAUCAAGUACUACUCUGGCGAGCCGCGUUUGCUCGGCCGCGCCCUCUUACGAAUGGAGCGAGAAUUCGACAAACACGUUGCGUACUGCCGAGACGAGCCCAGAGCACAACAUCUGCUGGAAAACAACCCUAUCGUUCAAAAAUACUUUAAGGCUGAGAUCGCGUGGACUGCUGAGAGCGGGCGCCGCCGGAUUCUAGGCAGCCGGCCAAUAACCAGAAUAGUUCUCGCCGACGACCGUACGAUACCUGUCAAUUGCCACCGUCUCUUUGAGGGCAAUCGCCUAAUUCCCACACCGAUAUUUAUAAGAUAC